AUGAGCUCCGCCGGCGGUCUCUCUCGUCGCCGUGUCCCCAACGCCUCCACCACUGCCGACGACGAUGCCGACUCCGCCUGGGGCCUCUCUGGCUCGUCAACACCAAACGGCACCUCUUCCCGCGGCGAGCCUCUCCAGUCUCCUCCCCUUCACGCCGGCUCCGCCUUCGAGGGCGGCAGCAGGAUUGCAUACGAUCCCCGUGACCUCGAGCGUGAAGACGAGAAUGCACGGUUAGGCGGCAAGCCCCCACUGCUCACCAUCAUGGAGGAAGUCCUCUUGCUUGGUCUCAAAGACAAGCAGGGCUACCUCUCAUUCUGGAACGACAACAUCUCAUAUGCCCUGCGCGGGUGCAUCCUCAUCGAACUCGCGUUACGCCGACGAAUCGCCCUCAUCAAAGACCCGAACCGCCGACAUCUCCCGCUUUCAGAACGACUCGUCGAAGUGGUCGAUGACCGCCAAACGGGCGAGACCAUCCUUGACGAGGCGCUGCGGAUGAUGAAGGCCCAGGAGGGCGAGCGGAUGGCGAUCAACACAUGGAUAGACCUUCUCUCCGGCGAGACAUGGAACGUGAUGAAGAUCGGCUUCCAGCUCAAGCAGGUCCGCGAACGGCUCGCCAAAGGCCUCGUCGACAAGGGCGUCCUCCGCACUGAGAAGCGCAACUUCCUCCUCUUCGACAUGGCCACCCACCCCGUCGCCGACGUCCGCGCCAAAGAGGCCGUCGUCUCCCGCGUCGUCGCGCUCCUCACCGCGACCACCGCCGCCGUCCCGCCCGCCGCGCUCGGCAAGGAGGGCACCCAGGCCCGCGCCGCCCGCGCCGUCUGCCUCGUCUGCGCCGCGUACGCCGCGAGCGUGCUCGACAACGCGUUCGGCCGGCUCACGUACGAGGACCGCGAAGCGGCGUUCCAGCGCUGCGACGAGGUCCUCGCCGAGUUCUCCGUCUGGCCGUUCGGGGGCGCCAGCGCGGGCGGUUCGGCGAGCGGGGCGGCGCGUGCGGCGCGCCGGCGCGAGGGCUCGCGGAUCGGCAUGGGCAGCGGGGGCGUGAGCUCGCGCGAGGUCGUGCUCGGGCUCGUGCAGGAGGUGAAGCGGGAGAUGGUGGGCGGGGAGGAGGACCUGUCAUUCGAGCUCGUCGCGGGCGUGCUCGAAGUGCUUUCAAAACUGGAUUCGCUCUUGUGA